AUGAGCGAUUGGGAGUCUUCUAGCGAAGAUGCUUGGGCGUUCGUGGUCGUCGGGUGCCUUCACAAUGAGGCUUCUGAGGGUCGUGGACGUCUUGCUGGGAAGAAUGCCAUCAUCACUGGUGCUGGUGGUGGCAUCGGAUUGGAGACUACCAUCCUCUUCUUGCGCGAAGGUGCAAAUGUCUUGAUGACAGAUAUCUCAGAGCCUGCACUGGAAAAGGCUCUUGCCAAGGCGAAAGAGAAGGCUCCAAACGCAACAGGCAAAGUAGAGACUGCGAAGGUGGAUGUGUCCAAAGAGGCCGAUGUGCAGGGCGUGGUUGAGAAGCUCGAUGCAUGGGGUGGUGUGGACGUCAUGUUCAACAAUGCUGGUAUCAUGCACGCCGAUGAUGCUGAUGCCAUAGACACUCCCGAGAAGAUCUGGGACCUGACGCAGAACAUCAACGUGAAGGGUGUGUGGUUCGGCAGCAAACACGCCGUCCUCUCCCUUCGCAAGCACAAGAAGACCAAGGGCAGCAUCAUCAACACCGCCUCGGUCGUUGCGCUCGUCGGAGCCGCCACUCCACAGCUUGCCUACACUGCCUCGAAGGGUGCGGUUCUAGCCAUGACCCGAGAACUGGCGGUUGUCCACGCACGGGAAGGCUUCCGCUUCAACGCCCUUUGCCCGGCACCUCUCAACACCCCUCUCCUGCAGGACUGGCUCGGCGACGACCAAGCCAAACGCCAACGCCGUGAAAUCCACUUCCCCACUGGAAGGUUCGGUGAGGCUAUUGAGCAGGCGCAGGCAGUUCUUUUCCUGGCUAGCGAUGAGGCCAGCUUCGUCAAUGGCAGCGACUUCGUCGUCGAUGGUGGUAUGACCAAGGCAUACGUCACCCCUGAGGGACCAGCUACGCAGCCACCGCAGAACCUGGCUCGGUAG